AUGGGUGCGUAUCUGGUGACAUGGUCAGCUAUCAUCGCCUACUGCUACGUCUACAUAUUCUCCAUGCACUGGUUCAUCUUCGUCCGCUGCCAAGAGACUGGGGAUUUGGUAGCUGCCUCCGUGGUCUUCUCACUUGGAACAAAUAGCUCGACGGAAGAGAUGUGUGAACUAAUAAGUCGAUAUUUAGAGUGUGACACCAAAGUAGCACCAAAAACUCGGUUUCAUACAAACCUACAGAAACAGUUGAAGGUGGUGAAAAGACGAGCGUUAAGCGUGUGGAUGUGUUUGGUCGGAAUCGCUUAUUUGUAUGCAUCAAUGGCGUUGCUACGACCUGGACGACAUUUCCCUGAAGAUUUAUACGUUGUCUACGGCUUGGAACCUCCUUUUGAAACACCAAACUACGAAAUAUCAUUAUUUCUUAUGGCGCUAAGUAUUACAGUAGCAGUAUACCAAUUGUCUGCAGUCAAAGCCCUUGUGAUCGUUAUGAUUGGCUAUGUUGAAUCUCAAGUAUUGGCUCUGAGUGAGGAGUGCUUGCAAAUUUGGAACGAUGUAAGCGAAGAAAACGACAAGAGGCAUCAAAAUAGUUUCGAUGAGGAGAGACAAACAGACGGACAUCCGCGUGAAGAAAUCAUGAAUUUACAAAUCAGGUUUAAAUUGGUUAAUAUUUUGCAAUUCCACGCAUACAGUGUUAAACUUUUACAAGAUUUUGAGAAACUCUAUCGAUGGAUAUCAUUCGUUGAUUUCAUGAUGAUAGUUUUUGCAAUAAUAUCGGAGUUGCUUGGAAAGGUGCAAAACACAUAUUUGGAGAUACCUUAUACGGUGGUGCAAAUCUACAUAGAUUGUUACAUUGGCCAGAAGCUUACUGACGCAAACGAAGUAUUUUGUAAUGCUAUUUAUGAUUGUAAAUGGGAGAAUUUUGACGUGAAAAACAGGAAGAUAGUGCUGAUGCUACUGAGAAACUCCCAAAAGCCAAUCGAGGUAACUGCCGGUGGAAUAUCUCCUUUAAAUUACGCUACUUUUAUGUCUAUAAUGAAAACUUCGUAUUCUGCAUACACGACGCUACAAUCUUCUGUUUCAUGAGCUUGAGUGUCCAAAUUCAAUAAAUCU